GAAAACAUACAACUUGACAGUUCUGUCAAUUGAUUGCGUUCAACUUUUUUUUGUUGCCGAAAUUAAGUUCGUCUUGUGAGAUAACGCUUGUAUAAGUUCAAGGCCAUUUAAAAUUAAAUUCUUAAAUGAUUUUAGUAGUAUUUUGAUAAUACAAGAACUCUAUUUACAUUUUUUACCUUUCUAAAAUAUUAUGUAUCACGUGAUCGUAUAUUGAAUUUUAAUUGGUCGUCGGUGAGCGUGCCCUGCGCGACGCGAGAGGCGCAAUAAUAGUUUUCCAAAAUGCCGUCGGAAUCUAAACCUUUGUUAGCAGCUCAAACAGAAAAACCAAACCAUUAUAACUCUGAGUCUACGAUUUUAUGUUCCAGAUAUCUAAAGGAGUUUCGUGUAGAGCAGUGUCCGUCUUUCUUACAACAUAAAUGUACACAACAUAGGCCUUUCACUUGUUUUCAUUGGCAUUUUAAUAACCAAAGAAGACGAAGGCCAGUUAGAAAAAGAGAUGGGACUUUCAAUUACAGCGCCGAUAACUACUGUACAAAAUAUAACGAGACUUCGGGCAUCUGCGAGGAUGGGGACGAAUGCCCAUACCUGCACCGCACCGCGGGCGACACGGAGCGGCGCUACCACCUGCGGUAUUACAAGACAUGCAUGUGCGUGCACGAUACGGACGCGCGCGGGCUGUGCACCAAGAACGGCGCGCACUGCGCCUUCGCACACGGCGCGCCCGACCUGCGCCCGCCCGUGCUCGACAUGCGCGAGCUGCAGGCGCUCGACAACCCCGACGCGGCCGACGGCGACGCCGCCGCGCCCAACGCGCUCGACCGCGAGCGCAACCUGCAGAAGGAAGACCCCAAGUGGCAAGAUACAAAUUAUGUUCUAUCAUCAUAUAAGACAGAACCGUGUAAUCGACCGCCUAGGUUAUGUAGACAAGGAUAUGCAUGUCCUCAAUAUCACAAUAGUAAAGAUAAACGUAGAUCACCAAGAAAGUAUAAAUAUCGUAGUACACCUUGCCCAAAUGUAAAGCACGGUGAGGAAUGGGGUGAGCCUAGUAAUUGUGAAGCAGGCGAUGCCUGCGGCUACUGUCAUACACGUACCGAACAGCAAUUCCACCCUGAGAUCUACAAGUCUACCAAGUGUAAUGACGUGCAGCAGGCUGGAUACUGCCCGCGUGGUCUGUUCUGUGCAUUCGCUCAUGUUGAACCUGAAGAGUUGGGCGCUCGCGAGUUGGGUGGCCCGCUGGACUGCGGUACUAAUUUGGCCGAUUUGUUGUCGUCCGCCCUGCCGCCCGACAAGAAGUCUGAGCACCGCACGGCGUCCCCCACGGCCCCGCACAGCAACGGCAGCGGCGACGGCUCGGAGUGCGCGUCCACGUCGUCCGGCGGCUCGGGCGGCCGCGCCGGCCCGCGGGACGAACACAAGCCCGCGCCGCCGCAGCAUCCCGUCUGGCCCGCGCGCGCCACCUUCGAUGCCACCGUGUUGCAGGAGGUCGUCGGGAACGCACUCGACGAUUUGCAUCUGGAUGACCCGCUCAACUUGGUGGCAUCGUUGGACCGAGAUUUGUCCGACGGCGAAGGUCUGCUAGGAGGCUCCGCCCCAGUCAACAUCCCGCAGUCACGCGGAGGAUUGCGCGGUUUCAGUCCGCCGCCCGGCGGUUCGCCACUGCCGCCGUUCUUGCGCUACACUAACGACACCGAGCGCUUGUUCAAUGCUCACGCCAUGAAGGCGGGCAGCUUCGGCGGCGGCGGGGGCGGCGGGGUGUUCGAGUUCCCGUCGGCGUCGCCGUCGGCGCCGGCCGAGCUGUCGCGCCUGCGCGAGGAGGUGGUGGCGUCGCGCGCGGCCGUGGCGCGCUGGGACGAGCGCAUCGCGCAGGCGCGCUCGGCCUGCGAGGCCUGGAAGCGGGAGGCCGACGAGGCCGCGCGCGCCGCCGCGCUGGCCGAGCGCCAGCGGGACGACGCGCUGGCGCACGCGCUGUCGCUGCGGCGCGAGCUGGACGCGGCGCGCGCGGCGGCGGCGGCGCUGGGCCCGCGGCGCGAGCUGCGCGGCCUGCCGCUGCCCGCGCUCAAGGCGCUGCAGCUGCAGGCGCGCGCCGAGCUGGAGGACAUCGAGAAGGUGUUGUACCUGGAGACGGCCACCAAGUGCAUGGGCUGCGAGGAGCAGCCGCGCAGCGUGACGCUGGCGCCCUGCAACCACUACGUGCUGUGCGACGCCUGCGCCAACACCUGCGACGAGUGCCCCUACUGCCAGACGCCCGUGCAGCAUCACCAGUAGCCACGCACCUGCUGCAUCGGAUUUUGACAACGUUUUUCUAAUUGCAAGUAGACGAGCUAAACGCAUCUCGCGUUAGCAAUAAUCAUAACAUAUUGUAAGGCCUAGGGAUACCUUUUAUAUACAGUUCUAAUUCGCGCGUUGCCGUGUACGUCCGUAAAACUAAUAUUUCUGGACGCUGUCCGACCAGUUCCAUUGUUGUUGUCACUCCACGUUCACCUGCUCACCAAAGUUGCAGACACUAUGUACAAAUAUAUUUCCUGUAUCGAUAUAUAUUAUUAUCAGAUGGAAUGAUAUUUAUAUCCAGCAUAUAUACUAGAAAUAUAAUGUUAUCAGUAUGAUGCUUUUGAUGUUAACAUUUUUGUUUUUAGCCUCUCGUGUUAGUGGACUGUUUGUUGCUUUUACUCGUAAACAAACAUACAAAAUAUAUAUUAUAGGCAUUUAAAAGGUUUUUAUCUUGAAAGUUAUACUUUGUGGUUAUGCUUUCACCAAUGAUCGUAGAUGUUAAGAAAAUUUUGUAUCGAUUUGGAUAUUCUCAAUGUGACUCAAUUUAUAUGUAAGUUAUAUAUUAUGUAUUGAUAUUGAUGGAAGCACGGCCAUGAACAUUAGUGAUUAUAAAUAUUGGAGAAUAUUAAAAGUAGUAUUUAGUUUUAUACAGAUAUAUCUACAAAUCAUUUUACAUAUUCAGAUUAGAGUAAUAAUAUUAUGGUGUACUGAGAGUAGUGCGGCCGCCGUGAUCAGAACUCGUGGCUUGUUUCGCCUUCCUCGUUUUUACUUUCACUAAUAUAUUUACCAUCUAAGGACCAAAUUUUUGUAUUAAUGUAUCGAUCUUGUGAGCGUGGCAGAUGUAUUUCGUGCGACGCCCGCGCGCAACACAUCUUCCACGAGUCACUGCUUGCAUAUUUCACUUAAAGCCCAUACUGAAACAAGCUGUAUAUAUUUUUGUAGACAGAGCAUUAUGUGCUUCAUUGACCAGAUUUCUAUGAAAAUCUUGUGACUUGUAUGGAUUAUUCAUAAUCAAUUUGUAUCAAGCGUUUGCUCGCAGCUAUUCGCGAAAAAAAAAGAAUCUUAUAUCGUUUUUAAAUUAUUUUUAUUGUUCUCGCUAUCUCCAGCGAAGACUACGUCAACGAAUUGAUGGAAACUUAAUGGGCAAACGAGUAUUUUUCGAAAGAAAUUAUUAUAUGAACAUGGUAUUGUAAGUAUUCUAAGUUUUAUACGAGUAGUAUCGAUUGAAACUGUAACCGCCGCGCGCUGCGCUCGUGCGACCGCUCGUCCGGCGCGCGGCCGCAGCUCCCGCCGCGCGAGCUUGGCGCGUGAGGCCGCCCGCAGGGCCCCGCGCCAUCGCUCACACGCCAAGCAUGCUCGACUAAGGAUAAGCUUACUGGCAGUAUAUAGUUUUAUUAUUUAAUAAAAUCAUGACAUUUGUCUGCCGUUUGCUGAGAUUGUGUGUUUGAGUAGGUUUAUUUACAAAUCGUAGCAUUUUAUGUUAACAUUCCCAAAUAAUCACUAGAUAUAUAUUUAUAUUGAAUUAUCCUAACGUUAGCUUCCACAUUGAUGAUAAAUUCUUACAGAAAUAUUGUAUAAUGUUGAAACAUUUAAAUAUUUAGAAGUAAUAUUUUUCUGACUAAAAACGUUUUAGAAAAUGAACAUGUUUACACUUUAAUACUUUGAAUAGCACAUUAACGCAUUUAACUAUCAUUUUUGAAGAUAGUUAAAGGGUGUGUAUUUAAAAAAUAAAUGAUAAAAUAGGAUUAAAUGUCUUGAAACGCAAACACAAUUUGUAGAUAUAAAUCGCCUAAAUAUGUUGAACCUAAUUACUUUGAAGAAUAUUUAAUGUCGCAAAUGGUUCCCAGGUGCCACGUGUUGUAAAUGUUGAUAUAAAUAAUAUUUUAGUACUGAUAGAUGAUAUAUUUAUAUAUUUAAAUAGCAUAUAUUUGGUUGUUAGUCUAUAACAUGUUAAAGAAGUUACGUGUCAUAGAGUCCGCACGUGAGGUAUUCAAAUGUUCAGGAUAGAUGGCUUGCAAACUCCAUUAAAUAUUUUAUAUUCCAUAGGCUUAGAAGAAUUGAUCAACGUUAAUAGAGCUAUAUAAAGCUAUCCGUGACUCGGCCCCGUGUUAACAAGUACCUUAAAAUUUCUUUAAAAAAUAUUUUUUCUUAUACAGCUUCUUGCGUGAUAAUUAAAAACGUAGAAAAGUCAACGUAAACACAAUAAGACAUGAUAGAUCAUAGUUAUAAUGUUACUAAAGUAGAGUUAUUUAAAGCUUUAAUAAAAUCUUAUAUCAAAUUUAAUAAUAAGUACUCUUUUACGCUGCCAUUGGUCUACUUGAUGAUUCUAAUAGAAACUGUGAUUUUUCAAGAAAAUUAUGAAUAAUUGGUUAACUAUGACAUGAAUUGCUACAUGAAAAUGAUUUGUUAUAAUGUUGCAUUAGUUAUUUAUUUUUUAAAUACACACCUAUGCUCGUUACUAUUUGCGUGACAAAUUUGUAAACCUUUGUGUCUGUAAUACAAUGUUAUUACGGCAGAUGAUCAUUAUAAUGAUUCAUUUGUACCUUGUUGCUGUCUAAAUAAGGUCUACUUUGCGGUGACUGAACUUGAUUGGCCGAUUUCUUAAUUUUUUUGUGCCCAAUUAUCCACAUUUGUUUAGAGUUAUGAAGUUAGUAUCAAUGUGACCCCACGGAUGUCAUGUAUUAUGACGUGCCAACCACAGAUUUUACAUGAAAAACUAAAUUGAGUACAGCGACAUUUGAAUUUACGUUGCUUUAUUGUCGUUUAAUUUUUUUAUAUAAAAUCUAAAAUCUUGACGUGAAAAUGCACCUUUAUUGGGAUGGAUGGAUAUCCAAAAGUAUCUUAUUUAUAGAACAACAAUAAGAUUACCAGCCGUCCUUAAGUUUGACGACGCGUGUCUAAAUGUGAACGCGGGUUUGAAUGGUGGUAAUCGCUCUAAAGCUCGGUGAAUUGCACUACCUCGUUUAUAAGGAUUUGAUACUUACCAAAAUAAUUUAAUUGUUGUAAAAACAUAAUAUUACAAACAUGCAAUCGUUACAAGUGUCACGCAAACAGAAAUAUGCUUUUUACUGUUACUGAUGUCUUAUAAUCUGACCCGUUUUAUCUUCAGAUGUUUGGCCCGCAAGUCGAAUAUCCUUUAUUGUUAUAUUUAAACAUUCUACUGUAAUUUUAACAAAUUUCCUAUAACACGUUUUAUAGAUACAUGUUUAUUUCAAUUUUGCUAUUUUAACUCUUACACCGCCGCGGGCGAUACCCAUUUUUUUAUUCUCCAAAAAUUUGCAUUUGGUGUGUAGAUGUCGCUACUGUGCUUGCAUUUAAUCCUUCCACUAGGCAAGAGAGAGACACGGUGGUCGACCUAAUUAAAUAGCUUUUGGACUUGCGUUGUAGUAUAUUCGUCUAAUUAGGUACCUAUAAUUAGUUUCCGCUUCGUAUUUAUAUCAUUAAGACCAAUAUCAAAUCUCUCGCCUAUUGGUUUUAUUGAAUGGUCAUUUCGACGACAACAAUAAUUAAAAGCUUUUAUUUCGCAUUUCAUUAAUUUGCGUCACAUGGCGGUGAAAGAGCUAAACAUAUUUAUACUAUGAAUCUUUUAAAGUUUUUUUGUAUGGAUAUAAUAUUGUAAUAGUAAUAACAAAUUUAACUUAGAUGUAACUUAGAUUUAAGUAGUGUUUUCAAAUUGUAAUGGACAUUGUUUUUAAGUGUGUAGAAGCGUCUUGUAUCGUAAACAGAAGCAAUAUGACCACAGCCGCCUUUUAUAAUAUUCAGAUAUAUUCAAUGUUGAAGGCGCGGCGCGCAGCGGAGACGUUUGUUGUAAUGUUAUUAUGGAGAUAAGCUUUCGUCUGUCAACGCGGGGGCACGGGCCUGAGCUAAUGUGGAUGAGGCUAAAACUUGAACUUCAUAUUCAUUAAGGAACAAACAUCAGACCGUUCUAAUAUCUGUAUGUACACAGUGUUUGAAAUGUAUUUGCUGCACAUAUCUUUUGGGUUUAUUAGCAUCGGUUGCGUGCACCUGCUUGAUCAAUCCUAUACAAACUGUUCAGUUAGAUAUAAGUACCUAAGAAACCGACUGCCUUAUAAAUUGGCUCCGCUAUGCGUCGCUGCCCUUGUACAAUUAUGUCGACACGGUACAUUUUGUAUACUGGCUUGUUUUUGUGAUUGUAUUGAUAAAGGAUCUCGCUAAAGAAAGCUUUGAAUGGUGUGAUAUGUAACGUUAGUUGUAACAGGGAAAAAUAUAACUUUUGAAUUAAUUUUAACUAUGAAAUCACGAAUUCGUAAUACUGAAGCGGUUAUUAAGACUAUUGAGCGUGAAUAUUCAAAAGUAGAAAAAGUUUGCAAAUUUAGGCCAUGAUACAAAAAAAUCUAAUGGCCGAGAUACAUUCAUAACGAAGUGACUGUAAGGAUAUGUAAUUAACAGUGACUCAAUCAAUCUUUGAGCAAAACAAUUAUUUAUUAAGAAAAAAUAAGUUCUUUAAAGUAAACUUAAUAAUAAAAGUAAGCAAUUAAACAUUCUUACCUUCCAUUCAGAUAUGUAUAAUUAACUGGCUUGACAAAAACGUUUGCGCUCAAUCGUACUAAAAUGAACGAACAGAAAUUCUUAAAUUUGAUUCUAAAUUGUAUCUCACCUUGAUGUCGGAAGUUGUGAUAAAUUAUAAUUGGCGAGUGCUUCUAGACUCGGAUGUUUCGGAGAGGGCCGGAGUCUCAUUUGAAUGGCGUCACACGUACAGUCGCUUCAUUGUAUUUCGAGUGGACGCUCUCUAAGUAAGGUAUGAGUACGGUAGUGAGUGUAAGAGAUCGUCACAAAUAUCGCGUUUGUAAUUGGAUGUAGUGUGAAACAAAAUGUUCUGUGUGGCCAUAGCGUGUUAUAGUCUAGCUUGCUAAAUAAUUUGAGAUUUAGAUGUGUAUUAGAGUCGAUAUUUAUUUUUAUAUAGAAAUCUUUAUCACAUGGAGAGUGUAAUUUUGUUGAUGAAAUUUUGUAGUUGCUAUAGUUAUCGCGUGGAUCCUAUCUGUACCUAGAGUGAUUUAGUUUAGUCUACUGACUUGUGCAUUUCACUAACAUCAAAGAGAAGAUUAGAAAUAUGUUUAUACAUAAUUUACAAAUUUGAAUGUCGUUUGUAUGUCACAAUACGUAAGGAAAUGUACAAUGGGACGCUACCGACAUGCGGCAGGCGGGCGAAGGGCACGGUGUGUCGCUCGUGUCGCCCGCAUCACUCGCACCGCUCGCACCGAGUGACCGACAGGCGUGGUGUGGUUCUUGUUGUUGUGUUGUUUUAUCCUCGUUUUAAGCUAUUAUUUUAUUCAACUUUUUUUAAACAAUAUUUACAGUUUGCAUUUUGUUUUUAGUUUGUUUAAGGACCAAGGUAGUUUAAAAGGCUUUUGAUUGGUGGUUUUCGCAUGAGCAUAAUAACAACAUUCGACUAUUUUACUUAAUAUAUAUACAUAUUUUUAAUUUUAUUUAAUUUUUAGGUAGGUAGGUCCAACAAAUUCUUUCAAAUUUUUAUUGUUAAAUUUAGAAAUAGAAUGUUGUAGUAGAUAACCAAUUGAGACAUGCGUUCACACUCACACAAUGGAGAUCAAAUUGUUUUAAUUAUUUUAUUUAUUACAAAAAUAUGCAUUAUAGCUUUUAAUAUCAUAGUAGAUAUUUUUUAACAAAAUAAUUUUCAAAUCCAUGUGAUACAAAUGUGUAACAGAGAUGUGAAGAUUAUGAAUAUUACUAGAUAGGUAGGUUUAAUAAAUUUUAAAUUCCAUUCAAUAACAAAA